CGCGGCGGCUGCGUUGCAUGUGGGCGACGCGCAGUCAGCUGGCCGCAGCGCCGGGACAUGGACGCCGACAGACAUGAUGAGCGUAGCUGCUGCAUUUCCGACCCACAGAAAGUGGAAGUGCAGGCGGUUGUUGUCAACUGCCAAGAGUUGAAAAGUCUCAACAAUGUAUAUGAACCAACUACAGUACAAGUGGAAACGGCGCCUGCGUUACCUCAGAUAUUUGCUACAGCUGCCGCUAUGUCUUUCCACAUAGUUGUCGGUGUUUCACUGGCAUUUUCUGCUAUACUAGUACCAAGUAUUAUGAAGGAAGCAGACGAACUUAAUAUCUCUAAAUCACAGGCGUCGUGGCUUGCCAGUUCUUUAGUAUUGUUUGUGCCGGUUGGAACAAUGACUGCUGGCUGUCUUAUGGAAUCAUAUGGUCGUCUCAACGCAAUCAAAAUGGCAGCUAUACCUUCUAUAGUAGGCUGGGCCUUAAUCGGAAGUGGGCAGAGUUUCGUGCCUCUACUUAUUGGAAGAAUGUUAACCGGCAUAGGCACAGGUAUGGGAUCGAGUCCAGCUGUUGUCUACACGACAGAAAUUGCAAAGCCAGAGAUCAGGGGAGCUUUGACUUCGGCGGGAGCAACGCUUGCAUCACUUGGAAUGCUUAUAAUCUACGGCGAAGGAGCAUUACUACAUUGGCGAACCUGCUCCUGGCUGAGUAUGAUAUACAUAAUUGUACCAAUAAUUCUCGUAUGGACGUGCAUUCCCGAGAGCCCAGUCUGGCUCAUUGCAAGAGGAAGAGUUGACGAAGCAGAGGCAUCGCUCAAAUGGUUCGGUGGCAAAAACAAAUCGCUACACAAGAGACAGCUAGCUGCGAUGGUUAGAUCGCAGGACAUGCGGGCGCUCGCCGUUUCAAGCUUCCCCAUGCGCAUGAAGUCCUUCCUGAAACCCACUGGCUACAAGCCAUUGGGAAUCAUGUUUGUGCUUUUUAUCGUUCAGCAGUUUUCAGGAAUUUAUAUAACACUGUUCUAUGCAAUCAACUUCUUCGAGGACAUUGGAACUGAGAUAGAUCCAAACUUGGCGACUGUAUUCCUGGGGAUGGUGCGAUUUGGUAUGAGCGUGGCAAACACAAUUUUAUUGAAACACUUCGGUCGUCGAACACUCUGUUUCUUCAGCUGCUUCGGCAUGUCCAUUAGUAUGAUAUUGUCGGGAUUUUCUACAAUGUACAUAAUGAAUGGAGGAGGUUUAACUUGGAUUCCUGUAGUUUGUGUGCUGGCCUAUGUUUGCACAAGCAUGUCAGGAUUGUUGAGCAUCCCAUGGAUCAUGACUGCAGAGCUUUUCCCAACUGAAAUAAGAGGAAUUGCGCAUGGUAUUGUCAUGUCAUUUGGGUACCUCGCUAUGUUUGCCGCCAUCCAGUGCUAUUUUGACAUGCUCUACUAUUUUGGUGGAGCACAUGUGUUGCAGUGGUUCUUUGCUGGCAUGUCAUUAUUAGGAGCAGUACAUGUGUGGAUUUUUCUGCCUGAAACCCAUAGUGUCACAUUGUCAAGCAUUGAACAGUACUUUAAAGAAAAUAUAUUUUACUGCAGGUAUAUUAGAAAACAAGCCAGAGAGGCAGCACCAAAUUUAUAAACAGAAACAAGUCUUAGUACAAAUUUCUUUUUAUUUUUCUGUGGUAUUUUGUAUUUAAAAAGCCAGUAUUAUUUAUGUUGAAAGCACUCAGAGGAGUUGCAUUGCCUAAGUAAAUAUGUCAAUAAUACAAUUACUGAUAACAAGUAUGAGAAGAGAAUUCUUCAUGAAAAAAAAAUGAAAAAAAAUUAUACAUUUUGCAUUCCAACCUAUUAUCAUACCAAUACACCUCUCUUUACCCAAUAAAUCAAUUAUUAAUUGAAAUAACAUACCUUAAAGGAAGUGUGAAAUGAAAUAUUUCUCGGAAUGCUAAAAACAAAACAACAGAAAUUGUCAUACUGAAAAUGACCUAUUGUGCGCAACUUCUGCUCACAGUAUUGCAGCAGCCUUUGAUGACAUUACUCAAAAGAUUUUUAGUCUUCUUACUUUUGAAUUAUAUAAUUACAGUAUUUCAUAGAGCUCUCUGGAAAAUUUCAGCAUAUUUUCUACUUUAUUAGAAUUAUAAUGAAAGGCUGUUACCACCCAAGGAAGAGGUAUGCUCAUAAAUACUUCUGAUAAUUCAAAGUAACAAUAAUUAUUGUCAAUGAUCUAAAGCCUGAAAGAGAAGCUUGUGUGAAGUAUCAGAACCAGUCUGAUAAACAAAGAAUACAAGAGAGUAAAAUAAAAUUAACUGUAAUAACACUGUUGAGAAGCUCUAAGUAAAGUUGUUAUCAUGUCCCUCUAAACAGAAAAUCUAAUUGUUCCACUGA